AGGCUAGGCUGGCGGAACCGGGCGAGCGGGGGGAGGGGGAGGGGAGGUGCACUGGGGAGGCUCCGCCGCGCGCCGCCCUUUGCAGCAGCUGCUCCCGCGCGCGCCGCCCGGCUCGGGCCUGCUAGGCUGCCUCGCGCCACUCGGGGCAGUCCCGACAGGAAAGGGCCUCCUUCUCGGCAGCGACCGAGGGCGCUCUCCGGUGGGAAGCUGUUGUUUUCGGCGCCCGAGAUUGCCGCAGCGCCCCCACCCCGCCUGCCUGCCUUCCUUCCUUCCGUCCUCCGCCGCCCCCCAUUAGGCGAGGGAGCGCGAGCGCGAGAGGUGGCUGCGGGGCAGCAGCGCCUUUCCCCCCCCCGUUCCCGCGCGCGCGGGCCUUCCUGGGCUCCUCCUCUUCGGUGGCGGGUGGAAUGGGACGGGGGAGCCGCGCGUGUGAGGCGAGUGUGCGCUCCUCCACUCCGCUGCAGCCCUGUCUUAGCGGGGGCACAGGCAUCGUCCCCGAACGGGCACUAGCACGCAUGCACCGAGUAUGCACCGUGCACGUCUGCUCCAUGGUUACUCGCGCGCUGCUCGCUUGCUUGCCGGAGGAGGAGUUGUGUUCCAGUACGUGCACGCAGCGAAUGCACGCUCUUGCUCGCCUAUAGAGGAAAAAAUCGCCAUCGGUUCAGUACGAAACAAAUAGGAAUCGGGACUGACUCAUAAUGGUUGUCGCGGUGUUGAUUUCCGAGUUGAGGGUCCCCAGGAUAAGGGUUAACCUACCGUCAACGUUUUGUUCAGAUAUUAAGAAAAAAAUCCUUCAUUGUUCAUGGAGUUUUUCCUCAGUAUGUCUGAAACCAUUAAAUAUAAUGACGACGAUCACAAAACUGUAUUUCUGAAAACAUUAAAUGAGCAGCGAUUGGAAGGAGAAUUUUGUGACAUCGCUAUUGUUGUUGAAGACGUGAAAUUCAGGGCCCACAGGUGUGUGCUUGCUGCUUGUAGUACCUAUUUUAAAAAGCUUUUCAAAAAACUGGAAGUGGACAGCUCAUCAGUAAUAGAGAUUGAUUUCCUUCGGUCAGAUAUAUUUGAGGAAGUGCUAAAUUAUAUGUACACAGCCAAGAUUUCAGUUAAAAAAGAAGACGUCAAUUUAAUGAUGUCAUCUGGUCAGAUUCUCGGGAUUAGAUUUUUGGACAAACUCUGUUCUCAGAAACGUGAUGUUUCUAGUCCAGAAGAUAAUUCGCAAUCAAAAAACAAGUACUGUCUUAAAAUAAACAGAUCAAUGGGUGAAUCUAAUGAUAACCAAGACGAUGAGGUUGAAGAAAUUGGAGAUCAUGAUGAUAGCCCAUCAGAUAUGACAAUGGAAGGAACUCCUCCCAGUCAAGAAGAUGGCAAGUCACCAACUGCUACUUUGAGAGUUCAGGAAGCAAUUCUGAAAGAGCUGGGCAGUGAAGAGGUUCGAAAAGUGAACUGCUACGGUCAGGAAGUAGAGUCCAUAGACACUGCUGAAACUAAAGAACUAGGAUCUCAAACUCCUCAAGCUCUAGCAUUUAACGAUGGCAUCAGUGAAGUCAAGGAUGAACAGACGCCAGCAUGGACAACAGCAGCUGGCGACAUGAAAUUUGAAUAUUUGCUUUAUGGUCACAGAGAGCAGAUUGCAUGUCAGGCAUGUGGUAAAACAUUUUCAGACGAAGCACGAUUGAGAAAACAUGAAAAACUUCAUACUGCGGAUAGACCCUUUGUUUGUGAAAUGUGCACUAAAGGCUUUACCACCCAAGCCCAUUUGAAAGAGCACCUAAAGAUCCACACAGGCUAUAAGCCAUAUAGCUGUGAAGUAUGUGGAAAGUCUUUCAUUCGUGCUCCAGACCUAAAGAAGCACGAGAGGGUUCACAGUAACGAACGGCCGUUUGCCUGCCACAUGUGCGACAAAGCUUUCAAGCACAAGUCUCACCUGAAAGACCACGAAAGAAGACACAGAGGGGAAAAGCCUUUUGUCUGUGGUUCUUGUACUAAAGCAUUUGCCAAAGCAUCUGAUUUAAAGAGACAUGAGAACAAUAUGCACAGCGAAAGGAAACAAGUAACCACAACCAGUGCUCUCCAAAGUGAAACAGAACAAUUACAGGCAGCAGCUAUGGCUGCGGAGGCAGAACAACAGCUGGAAACUAUAGCUUGUAGUUAAAAGCAGAAGAAUCCACAAGUUGAAAAAUGUUUGGUCUGAUAACUCACCAUUGGAAAAAGUAUUUUUAAAGGGAUUUUGAGAGUAGAAAUAUAGUUUGGAAUUUGCAGCAAAGAACUACCCUAUCAGUGACGUUAAACACGGGAGAAGGCUUUGAUUUAGGCAACAGUCCAGGCAUAAAAAAAAAAAACUCCAGCCAGUAUUUUACUCCUCUUAAAACUCUGGGUUUCAUUGCAUGUCUAGUAAACUCUAUGCAUGUGGAAUGGAAGGCCUUACACUCCAAUGCACAGGGAAAUUACACUAAAAUAUUUCAAUUUAAACUACUGGUAUUUAUGUUCCAUUGAUUUCAGUUGCUUUGGCAUCCCAAUCAUAAGUAUGCUUCCUGUGAUCAAGGGAAUCUCUAAAUACCUUAGAGAUUGUCCAUUCAGGAUGCUGAAAAGUGACAGGAAAAGCUGCUGAAUCAAAAUGUAUGCCCAUUAGGGAUUCAUUGGAUUGCAGCUGCUAAUGUGGAAGUAAGCCUCAUGGAUUUCACUGGAAAUUUGUUCCAUGUAAGUAUGUAACUCCAAGUCUUUUGGUUGCAUUGGCCUGAAUAUUGGGCUGUUAGUGAAUAUUUGAACAGUUUAAAUAAAUAAUGUCUUCUACAACAGUUUUUUUUACUUUGAAAUUAUGAAUUAGAAUGAGUGCAAAAAAAGCAUUUUAAAAUAAGAAAUGUAUUGUCCCUCUAACCAAAACUCAUGAAGGUAUGAAUUUUGACUUUAUAUAAUAGCUCUUUGCAGUUGUCUGUUAAUCCACUGUGAUGGUCACUACAAGUUUUUAAUGUAGCUCUGUGGGCAUCUGAACACUGGGAAUUAUCUUGUUUCUCCUGCUGGUGAAUUGGUGUAUCCCAAGGUCAUUAGAACCACUCUCUGUCUUGCAGAUGUUUUUCCUCCCUGGGCCGCCUUACCUUUGUGCCUGCAUUUUGCUUUGCUAUUCCUGUCUUCAACUCAAUACAAAAAUAACAGUUGUCUUUGUCUAAUUUUAGGAGGCCUUUAAUUGUAUUCUGAUAGGGAGCCUAGCCCUAAGAAAAUGGAAAUGACAGGGAACAGCUGUUGCACUGCUGCUUACAGUUGGAAAGGUGCAAAUGCCACUUGACGAACUCUUGUUCCUUUCCUGGGGUUUUCUGGUCUUCAUGGCCAUUGUCCAAGAAUGCACAGAUCCACCAUCCUGUCUCUCUCAUCAGCAUUAUUCCAUUGCAGAGUUAAAAGGAGCCAAGGCAUAUUGUUACAGGAAAGGAAAGAAGUAGAGAAAAGCAUCUCAAGGAAGGCAGUGUCGCUCUGCUACAGUCAGCUGUAGUAAAUCCUUGCUUUCUUUCAAGGUUCUUUUACUGUCCUUAAAUGUUUGAUAAUUGGGUAUAGCUUGAAGAUCUGAAGCAAAUAAUUCAGAACAUCGGGCAAUUGGGUUGAAGCUUACUAUAAGAUAGCUUUAAAGACUCUUCAACCUGGUUUUCAAUAGACUAUGAUAGACUAUGCCACUUCACGCUGGGUUGCAGUUCACAAUGAUGUUCUUCAAUACAAAUUGCUUCAGUGGAAAAUUAGACAUCAAGAAGAAAGAUUAUAGCCUAGUCUUCUCUAGAAGACUUAUGGAGAGCAUUCAUUUGAGCUUGACCUGCAGUCUUUACACUUUAUAGUGUAUAGCCCAACACUUUGGUAAGAACUAGGCCUACUUGAGCAGCCUUUUCAUGAAACCCGGAGGAACUGGGGUGAUGGGAAUGUGAUUAGGAAAGGACACAGAAAAUGGCAACACAUAUCGAUAUUUCUUAAGGGGUUUAGAGUUACACAGCUGCAUUUUGUUAUGAUUUCAUACCAUAUUCCCUGCUCAGUAACUCAGAAUUCCACUAGUCUUGCAGUGCAAUCCUAUGUGUGUUUACUCUGAAGUCCCACUGAAUUCAGUGGAGAUCAGCCCCUAGCUAGUGUGUAUAGAUUUGUAGCCUUUGGCUGCGUUACAGUUAGCUGUGAUAUUUAGUGUUUGAGAUUUACAUCCCAAUCCUAAGGAUUUCUGUUUGGAAAGCAAUCUAAGUUUAGGCUUAAUGUUCAGCUAGGCUUAUUUACUAUGAAGUGUGCUUGGGUUUGCAGCUUAGUGUCAAAGCUUAGGUUCAGUUAUAUCGCUUUAAAAAUCAUCAGCUUUUUGGAACAGGUCCUGUAUAUCUCUUUCAGAGAUUUCUAGUGUGAGAUGCUUUCAGGGAAUUGAUAGGAAAUGUAUGAUCUUGGGAUCAUUUGGGGUAGAAGAAAAUUUUAAGCUAGUGAAGUGAUUUCAAUACUUUCUUAGCCUGCCUGCCCUGAAUUAAUGAACCAGUUUUAUUUGAAAUACAAACUUACCAUUCAGGUAUGCUUUAUAAUGUCUCAGUGAUUACAAUUGCAUUUGUAAUGAACUGUAGGAUGGGAUUUCCAUGCAGUAAGAGAAGGCUGAAGUCUGUUCAAGUCUUUAAAGAAAUUUCCCCACACAUUUUUAACAUAACUUCUUUUAUCAAGGUUAAAUUUUAAUUAACAUUGGACAAAAAAUGUUUAUAACAUUGGGUUAGAAUUAGUUACUAGAAUAUGUAUUUAUAAAUUAUUGUGUGUCAAAUCACCUAUUGCAUUUCUAAAUAGUAAUUAAGACUAACAUUUUUAAGUAUUAGAAUAAAAUUGCAUCUAACUAUUGAUCUUUGUUACAAUGUUGUGAAUCAUUCGAUGAAUAGACAAGUUUAAGUUAAAUUUAAAAUGCCAACCGUUUGAAAAUUGUCUUGUAAAUAAAACACAAAUAUUUUAGAAUACAUGGUGUAAUGUGUGUCUAUACAUUUUACAGCAUUCUUAUUUUAUUUUACAUUUUGAUGUAUUGGUUUUAGAAUGUCUGAUAUGCAACUUCAGUGAAUUUAUAUAACCUAAAACCAAUUUGCUUAUAAGGUUCUUGGUUUAUAGGUCAGACAGAGAUGACUAUUAGGAUCCAAUUUAUUUGCUUAACAAGUAGUGAUUGAUGACUGGAGCAUCUGCCUUAGUAUUAAAAAUGAAUUCCUGUAGGUGGCAAACAGAUUAACAUGACUUUUGUUACUGAAUUAUACUAAAUGAGUACUGAAACUCAUGCAUAUUGUCAAGUAACACACUCAUUAGACAUGUACACGGCAACAAUUUGCCAGCUAUGCCUCAUAAUUACAUAACAAAAUGCAAAUAAAUAGCAUCAUAUCUUACUAUAUAAUAGAACUGUAAAGCUCUCUUCACACAGCAGUUGUCUGGCUGCCAAUACACAUUCAUGGCAACUCCAGAAUGACAACCAGCAGGCAAGCAAGCAGUGCAGGUUGCAGACAUCACAGGUGAGCUAUUUAAGAGGAGUGUGAGGUGCUUGGCAAACUUCUGAAAACCCCUCCUCUGUUAAACAUCACUGGAGCAGUGUUGAAUGACGGGGAUUGCUUCAGAGAGCAGUCUGCUCAACCCUUCUCUAAGGUCUCUUGCAUGCUUCUAAAGGGGAUGAGGGGUAUUUUGGGGUGAGAGCUGUAAGGAGGAGUGGAGGUUUGAGCAAACUGUGAGGUGAUAGGCAAGGCAAGCGGAUGGGAUGGGUGAAAUGUAAAAUGUCUUCGGUAAUGUGUAAAGGGAGGAAUGGUUGGCCAGGUGUGGGAGAAGGGGUGUUGAUGGCUAGGCGGGGUUGGCAAGCAGGUAGCAGCCCCUUGUAUACAUAUAUUCAAAGCUGCCAAGUUUUCCCUUUUCUCGCGAGGAAGCCUAUUCAGUAUAAGGGAAAAUCCCUUUAAAAAAGGGAUAACUUGGCAGCUAUGUAUAUUUGUAGAAAGACUUAAGAAUGAUAUACAUACAAUCCAACAUGUACAUUUCUGUUAAAAGCAUGUCUCCUUUCAAACACCCUAAUGCAAGCAGGAGAUCUACUAGUAUUCAUAUGUUUAGCCUGGAGAAGAGAAGGUUAAGGGGUGAUAUGAUAGCCAUGUUCAAAUAUAUGAAAGGAUGUCAUAUGGAGGAGGGAGAAAUAGUGUUUUCUGCUGCUCCAGAGAAGCGGACACAGAGCAAUGGAUUCAAACUUCAAGAAAGAAGAUUCCACCUAAACAUUAGGAAGAACUUCCUGACAGUAAGAGCUGUUCGGCAGUGGAAUUUGCUACCAAGGAGUGUGGUGGAGUCUCCUUCUUUGGAGGUCUUUAAGCAGAGGCUUGACAGGCAUAUGUCAAUAAUGCUUUGAUGGUGUUUCCUGCUUGGCAGGGGGUUGGACUGGAUGGCCCUUGUGGCCUCUUCCAACUCUAUGAUUCUAUGAUUCUAUAUUUAUUUGUUCAAAACACCAGGAGACAUUCUAGCUUCAGGAUUUUGAAAAUGUUUAGCCUCAAUACGAUAAUGGCUUUUGUCACAUUCCCACUGCUACACUAUAAUUAUUACAGUUUUGAUUGCUUUCUCAUGGACCAUUCAGUAUUUGACCAUGGCCAUAUUUCCACCACAGUAGCGAUUUAUAGGUUAUUAAAAUUUGUAGGUUGUUACACCCAGAAGCUUGUUGAUUUCAGUAUUAAUGCAGAUGCUUAAAAGGUGGUGACAUUUCUAGAGGCUCCUGUUCUGGAACAGAAAUGAAAGGUUUAAGGUGGAAAAGGUACAGUGACAGAAGACAGCAAAACAAUUAUGUCCACGUUUUGUGAAGCAGGGUGGCCCUUGCUUUUUUUUUCUAGCCAUCCUUCUGGUGUUCAGAAACGGAGUAAGCAUUUAUUGAUGAGGUAAGUGGUAAGAAAAAAAAACCUGACUGAUGAUAAAAGGAGCAGGAUAAGUUUUUUAAAAAUAAAAAGUGGUAAAGUGGCACACUGCAAUGCAGUAAAUUCAAUUCUUACUAUAGUUGAGUACAUUUUGAUUGAACCUAUCUUUGAGCAAGUGUUCUCAUCUCUGUGAUGUAAACUCCAUUCCUAACCCUGCCUUUUCCUUUCCUGAAUAAAAAUGCAUGCCCUUAAUGGCUAGAAAUGUGAUUUUUAAAGAAAUGGACUGACACUCAGGCUGCAGAAGUUAGUGUUAAGGUAACCAGCCUGAGAUGGCAUGGAAAAAAAACAUCAUACAUCUUCUGGAAUUUUUGGUCACAUAAGCAAAUACAGUUGAAAAUCAAAUGACAGUUGUGCCACUGUUGUGACCUCUUCGUUACCCACACAUGCCCUGCUCAUUAUCUUCUGUACACUUUGGCAAGAGAAAUAGAAGUAAGCCAUAAUUGAUAGAUGCUCUCACACACAAAACUCCUUCAAGGAGUACUUUGUUUAAAACAUCAAGAUCAACAACAGGAAAAUGCUUUGUGGGCAUUUGUGGCAGGAAGCCCAGUUGGGAGGUGGUUGGGAGUUUUAGAUGACAAAAGUGUUCUAAAGGAGAAGAAGAUUGUAGAGAAACAAUGACAUAUUUGUCUUCAAAAUGGGAGCAGUAGUGCAGAUCCCCAUGUCUGGAUUAAUUUUUUGAGGAAUAGGAAUUGAGGAAAAAUGUGAUGAAGAGAUUAAAUGUUGGAGGCAGUAUGGCUCUGGAUACCAGUUGCUGAGAUUCACAAGUAGGGGAGGUGCUGCUUUGCAAUGUUCUGCUUGUUCUCAGAAGCAUCUGAUUGGCCACUGAGAACACGAUGAGCUAGAUGGGCCUUUGAUCUGAGCCAGUAGGGCUUGUCUUCUAUUCUUAGACAUUUGUACUAUCCUUUAGGGAGUCCAGGUGGCAUUAUUUUAAUUUAUUAGAUUUUAAUAUCUUGAAUGUUACCCUGAAUCAUCGGGAUGCGACAAGAUAUGGUAGUUUCCUUGCUGGUCAUUGGACCAGCUUCAAUUAGUCAUUGGAUGAUUACUAUGCUUCUAUUGACAUUGGAUCUGUUUAUAUAUAUUUAUAAAAGCAUUCAACUUUGCCAUAACCUAAUGUUAGAUGUCAUUAAUAAUGGGGCCUAUUUUAGUGAACAUUGAUCUGGUACCAGAAAUCCUAGCAUGGACACAACUUAGAACACCUAUUAUUUCUGAAAAUGUCUCAUUUCUAUAAAUAAACAGUAUAUUGAA